AUAACAAGGGCCUCAAAAUCCACAAGUAAACUACCAACCAAGACAAAACGGUGACCGUUUUCACUUUAACCUCCUUAAGGCGGUUGCUGUAGUUGUAGUCUUGUGCCUAGGUUGUCUGUCAUUAACCAGCGGCAGAUAUGGCAACUGUAAUAAUAAAGAGAUUAGCAAAAUCUCCUUUUGUUUUGAUUACUGUUUUAGUCACUCUCGCUGCUUUCUCCUUCACCCCCAGAUUUCCCUUCAAAUCCUUUAGGAAUUCUCUUCAACAACAGGUCCAGAGAUUGUUCACUGUUGAAGAACUUGCUUUGUACAAUGGAACUGAUGAUACAUUGCCCAUCCUUUUAGGAAUUCUUGGAUCUGUGUUUGAUGUAACAAAAGGAAAAUCUCAUUAUGCGGUAGGAGGGGGUUACCACCAUUUUUCUGGAAGAGAUGCUUCUCGUGCAUUUGUUUCAGGAAACUUUACAGGAGAUGGACUCACAGACUCAUUGCGUGGUUUGUCGAGUACUGAGGUGAAGAGUAUUGUUGAAUGGCGAGAAUUCUACUUCAGAAGCUACACAAAUCAAAUAUUCACUGAACAAGUACAACUCUUGAUAUUGACUUGGUGGUCGCAAUCACAAAUCCUGAAUGUCAGGUUUGUUGGUAAACUGGUUGGUCGCUAUUAUGAUAGUGAAGGAAAUCCUACCAAAUCUUUGAAGGGAGUUGAAGCAAAGGCUGCAAGAGGCACCCAGCUUCUGGAGAAACAGAAAAAAGAGGAGGCCAAACAGCCUAGUUGCAAUUCGAGGUGGAGCCAGGGAGAGGGUGGAGAGGUCUGGUGUGAUGAUGGCUUCCCAAGGUUAGUGCAGAGACCACUAGAAAUUGCUUUGACUGGGAAGAUGAGCAAGCGAUGCGCUUGCUUUAAGGAAGAUCAACUAAGCGAGACAGGGCUAGAAGUGUAUGAAGGAUGUGAUUAUCUUUCCAAGACAUGCCGUGUUUGAACCAGCAACACGAUGCGUGUAAUUAAAUUAUCCUGAUAUGUACAUUGCUUACAAGUUCUUGUCUCCAUAGAUAGUUCUAAGGUGAUAUGUACAUUGCUUACAAGUUCUUGUCUCCAUAGAUAGUUCUAAGGCAACAGAAAGAGAUAUCGUGUUUCAUUUCUUUGGUGCAGCUUCAGAUGGUUUUGAAUAUUUACCAAUGUGCCGUGUUAAUGUGAUUAUACUCGUUCAUCUUCAUAA